CCGUUUGCCACCCUCGCUUAGGCUUGACCCGACUGGUGACGUAGGAGAGAUUCCGUGGUGCCCACAGCCGUAGGCGCGCGCUGCGCUCGUGUAUAAAUUGAGCCCGGGACCCAUCAUUCGGCACUCUCUCAGUCGCUCCGACUCGGGAACCAGAGCAUCAGCGGAGAUAGCAGGGAAUCAGUCGCUAAACUCCUCAGGCUAACUCGCUCUCGGCUUUGGUUCGGAAUGGAAACAUCAACUUUUACGCGGAGCCAACGCAGCUCCUUUGCGCACAGCUUUAAGAGCGCUCUCUCGCUCUGGCUGGUUGUCUGGCUGGUCGUGGUAAAACCCGUGCCAGCGCAGAACUGCCCUCACCGGUGCGUGUGUUACCCGACCCCCAUGACAGUGAGCUGCCAGGCGCAGAACUUCACUAUUGUGCCCCACGGCAUGCCCUAUGAAUCCCAGCGCGUUUUUCUGCAGAACAACCGCAUCACAGAACUGAGAGUGGGGUCUUUUGCUUUUGGCACACAGGUUUUGUGGCUCUUCUCCAACAACAUCACCUGGAUUGAGGCCGGUGCAUUCAGCGAGCUGCGUGAUCUGGAGGAGCUCGAUCUGGGUGACAACCCUCACCUACACCGCCUUGAGGGUGGAGCUUUCCGUGGCCUGGAGAAGCUCCAGAGCCUCCACAUGCACCGCUGCCGGCUGGCUGCCCUUCCCCAUGACAUCUUCCACAAGCUCUACAGCCUGCAAUUCCUCUACCUGCAGGAGAACCAGCUCCACUUCAUCCAGGACGAUCUCUUUGCUGACCUGAUCAACCUCAGCCAGCUCUUCCUGCAUGGCAACCGCAUCCGCACUUUGUCCGAGAAUGUGUUCCGUGGCCUGGUUAACCUUGACCGUCUGCUGCUGCACGACAACAGGGUCCGACAGGUCAAUCGCCGCGCUUUUCGGGACCUGGGCCGACUCACCAUGCUCUUCCUCUUCAACAACUCCCUGGCAGAGCUGCCCGGUCAGGCCAUGCGUGACAUCACCUCCAUCGAGUUCCUGCGGCUGAACAACAACCCCUGGGCCUGCGGCUGCGAGGCUCGUCCCCUGUGGGAGUUCUUCAGAGGUGCCCGUUUGUCCAGCUCCGAGGUUCUUUGCGCUUCACCUGCUUCUCGUCGUGGAGAGGACCUGCGCUUCCUGAGGGAGAUGGACUUCGCCCUGUGCCCACUUCCUGACCCCGGCUCCCUCUCUGGUACCACCACCACCACCUUCAGCACCAAGACCCGUUGGUGGUUCUCCAAGCACAAGCCAGUCAGCACUUCCAAGGGCAUCUUUGAGAAGAGCUCUGAGACCAAGGCAUACCCCUUCAAGUCCCAACAUCCCUCAAUCACAUCUACAUCCACAAAGUAUGAGCUUGGGGAGGAAGAGGCUCUUCUUCCCAAGCUUGACCCAGAAGAGUAUUGGGCCAACUAUGGCAAUGAAGAUGCAGGCAUCACCUCUCUACGCUGCUUUGAGCUUGAGUGCCCUCCCGAAUUCGACUCUCUGCCACCAUCUUCCUCUUCUUCUCGUUCCUCAUCUUCUGUCCUUUUGCUACUCUCCAUGUCUGUCUUGACUGUCUGCAUCCAUCUCCUGUUUGGCUGAAUUUGUCGAUCUCAGAAGAACAUUCUUCCCCCUCAUUUUUUCUCCUCUCUGGAGGAAAAAUCCUGUUUGCUCAAUUUAACUCUUCAAUGCCUUGAUUCCUGUUUACCAUCAACCUCACCUGUAUCUUUGUUCUGUUCAGUUUGAGCCUCUAGUUCCUAGUAUCUAGAGGGCACUAGACUGAUUUAGGAUACAGUGGGUAAGCAGGGAACGUUGGGCAGUGCAGGCCCUUAAUGGAAAGUAAUGAAAGCUGUUCAGAGGGCUUGGUCAGUUAGGCAGAUACUCGGUCCUUCUUUUUUGGAGGACAAGUGUAUUCUAAGCCAUCUCUGUCACAGUCAGUGCAGACAGAGGAUAGAAAUUUCCAUCUUAGGUUUACGUACAAUAUUUGUAUGAUUUUAGACUUUUUAGCCACUCUUAAGUGCUUCUAUGAUAGUUGUAAUUAUAGCUUGUGAUGUCACUAUGACACCCUCUUUCCAACAACGCUACAGCUCCAUUAUUUCAGUAGUUAGUUGGUAACAAUAGCUUAGUGAGCAAAUCUUUUGAUUCCCUUUGGAAUGCAGCGAUCGAAUGUAAUAUUUCAUCUAUUAUAACAGAAGGGUCUCAAAAUCAUUCAGGGCUUGAAAAGCACAAAAGGAACGGCGUGCAGCAGUGAAGCAAGAUAGACAAAGCACAAUGGAGUGAUGAAUUUGAAAGUGUUGCAAUACACCUCUAAUUUAAGAUGCAAAGAGAGAGCGAAAGCAUGCACAGGAGAGACAGAAAGCACGCACAAGAGAAGGCGAAAGAUUUCAUUACAUCACCCACCAGCUAUGACAGCAAUUAUCACUUGUGUAAAUAUGACAUCUUGGGAGAGGGAGCUGUAAAUAACGCUAUGAAAGGCCUUAUGUUUGUCACUGUUCUGAAUGGCCAAGAAUGUCACUGCGAGUAACAUCUGUGAUAUUAAUUCUAUGGUCAGUGCAUGGAAAGAUCAAUGACGUGAGAGUGUGUGAAUGUUCUUUUUCUUUUUUAUACUGUAUGUCUCUCAAAAUACUGUUAAUAUGUUGAGUCACUGCUGUAAAAUACACUACCUACAUUGUUCCAAGACUUUCCUUUGUUUAUUCUUCUUUUCAAAUUCAAGUGUAACGGAUUGUAUCUGGAUAUUCUAGCAAAUUGCAUCCUUUCUCAUUUAAAGUAUAGAUUUUAAAUCAAACCAGUCAACCGCUUGCAGCUAUAGUCAAAAAAACAAAAGGGUUUGGCAAAAUGCUAAAACUAGGACUGAAUCCAAGACAAGGCAAUAUAUGAAGGACACUGUGGAAAGACUGUUUCUUGAAAUGAAUUGACUACUGUGGAAAAGCUGAUUGGAAAAUCAGAAAAAUGCACUUACUGACAGAUUGGUCGACAUUCAGAUUAAUGUCUACCAUUGGUCAUGAACAUGUGAGAAGAUAAGGUGCAAAUACAGACUGGGCUGCUCUUGGUGGGCUUGCUGAAGGCAAUGGCUUUCUUUGGUGGUCCUUGCCUAUUCCUCCUCUUUCGAAUUGCUAUAAAGAAUCAAAAUGCUUUAGGGAAAACAAACAGAGAGGGCAAGGACAAGAGGAGAGAGAAAAGGAAAAGGAGAGAAAGAGAAAAAGAAAUGCACAGAAAGCAGAGGUGUAUGUGGGCGGUAAAGACGAAGAGAUGGAUGAUAAAGGAUGGAUAUGCUAAUGAAGAGAAAUGCAAUCUAAAGUUCCUUAAAACAAUAGGUAAAGAUAAGAAAGA